AUGUGGUUCGCCAUCUUCAAGCUCCUCCGCGUCGGCGUCAAAGAAGCCAAGAAGCACAAAGCAAAGAAAAACGGCGCCAACGCAGACUCCGACCCCGACUCCAAUAUCGAUCUCUCCACAACCGCCCGCGCCCACGCCAUGCCCGACUCCACCACCGCACGCAACCCCCUCAAACCCCUCCUCGAGACGCUCCUCCGCUUCAUCCAGUUCGCCUUCGGGCUGGCCGUCAUCGGCCUCUACGCGCAGGACCUGCACGGCCGCCACCCGCCCGCCUGGGUCUACGCCGUCGUCACGGGCUUCCUGGCCUGCGCCACCGCGCUGAUUUACUUGGUCUUGCCGUUUGUGAUGAAGGGGCGGGUGCCGCUGGCGCAGCGGGCCGGCUUGCACCUCCCGCUGUUUGUCUGGGAGGCGGUCAUGUGUGUGCUGUGGCUGACGCUGUUUGGGAUCUUUGGGAAGAUGUAUAUCGGGGUGUAUACGGAGGGCGACGGGGUGAAGCGUAUGCGGCAUGCAGUGUGGGUUGAUCUGGUGAAUUUGGGGCUGUGGGUUGGGACGAUGGUGUGGGCGGGGAUGAGGUGGUGGAAGGGGGUGAAGGGGGAGAGGGGAGUGAAGGAGGAGGAUGUUGAGAAGGGGGUUGUGGUUUGA